GUACACCAACAGUCUGAUCGACAAUGAGCCCGAUUAUGCCGAUUAUAACCCUAUAGGACUCCGACCUCAGAGGGUUCGAGCCAUACGCCGCUUGCCUGGACUCUUCUUCUCCAUUCCCAGGUACUUCUUUGAGGAUCCUUUGUACACUUCGGUGUCAACUCAGAAUAUGAGGAAAAUCUACAACGAUAUCAACUAUUCUGAAUUGUAG